AUGCGGCUGUCAAAUGACGCCAACGGCCGGCUGGGGAGCAAGUUUGGUGUAGGCCAGGAGAGCCGCAUCAACAUGAAUCUCCAGGAGGCAUUCUCAAGAGCGGAGGGGUUUGAUACACCCCUUUCGACGAGGGGGGAGGCUGCAGCAGCAAGGGGGGAAGCAGGAGAAGGAGAAACGGACGGCUUGGUUGACUGUAGAUCGCCUCUUAGGCACGUGGACGAGGAUGAGGAUGGAUUCAGGCAGCUGAGGUUGGAUCUUGACUCUGCGAUUGAAGGCAAGCAGGAGGCUGAACGGGCUAACAGCGCCCUCAUUGCCAGCCUCAAUCUGCAGGAGCAGGAAGCGAGGGAACUUAUAGAGAGGAUCGAAAUCGAGGAGGGUAGGAGACGGGAGGCAGAGCGGGCAGCAGCAGAGGCGGAAAGAGAGCUUCAUGAAGCAGGAGCCGCAGCUGCGGCCCUGGCUCAGGCAAACGCUGUGGUGGCAGAGCAGCUUCGGUUGAGCCAGGAGCAGAUUCGAGAGAUGCAGGCGGCGCUGCCGCGGUUGGUGCGGACUGCGGAAGAGAACGUGGAGGCUGAGAGGGAGAUGGAGAGGAUGCGGGAGGAGCUGGCUGGGAUGAGAACACAGGUGUUGAGUGCGGUGGAGAGGGCGGAAGAGGCAGAGAGGAGAGUGAGGGAAGGCGAGUUGGCAGGUGCAGGAAGUGAAGAGGCGGAAAGGGGAGUUGGGGCGCGAGGUAGGGAAGCUGAGGUGGCAGGUGUGGCAGCUGACGUGGUGGAUGAGGGGGGUGAGGUGGCAGCGCGGGAGGAGAGGGUGGGGAAUGAGAGCAAUGAGGCACAGCCACAAGUGGGUGAGCUCAUGAAGAAGCUAGAGGAAUUGGAGGAGAGGUUGCGAGUGGUGGAGAGCAGGGCGAAAGAGGAAAAGGUGUCACCGGAGGAAUCAGUGAGGAAGGUGCAGCAGGAGGAGGAGGAGGAGGAGGAGGAGGAGGAGGAGGAGGAGGAGGAAGAGGAGGAGGAGGAGGUGGAGGUGGGGGAGGUGGAGGUGGGGGAUGGGGGUGGGGGAGAUGGGGGUGGGGGAGAUGGGGGAAAUCGGGGAGCUAGAAGAGAUGGGGGAGGUGGGGGAGGUGGGGGAGGUGGGGAGAUGGGGGAGGUGGGGGAGGUGGGGGAGAUGGGGGAGGUGGGGGAGAUGGGGGAGGUGGGGGAGGGGGGGGAUGGGGGAGGUGGGGGAGGUGGGGGAGAUGGGGAGAUGGGGGAGAUGGGGGAGAUGGGGAUGGGGGAGGUGGGGGAGAUGGGGGAGUGGGGAAGGUGGUGGAGCGAGAAUAGGUGUGGCAAUGCUGCGACAGGUGCGGGAGAGCAUGAGAGCAGGCCUGGUGAGGCUCCAGGAGGAGGAGGAGAGGAGGAGGAGGAGGAGGAGGAGGAGGAGGAGGAGGAGGAGGAGGAGGAGGAGGAGGAGGAGGAGGAGGAGGAGGAGGGAGAGGGAAGGGGGGGGGGAGAGGGAAGGGAAGAGAGAGCGGGAGGGGGAGGGGGAGUGGGAGGGGGAGGAGGAAGAAGGGGAGAUGGGGGAGAUGGGGGAGAUGGGGGAGGUCUUACAAGCGGUUCAGGGGGGGAGGUGGCGAAGAAGGGAGGUGCACUGGAUGAGGGGGAUGAACGAAGCAAUGACGUGGGAGAGGGAGAGAUGGCUGUUGACGGUGAUGGGGAGAGUGGGGGGCGGAGGAAGAAGGGAGAGAGAAGAAGUGGGAGGAAGAAGCAAGGGGUGAGAAGGAGGGAGCGAGCUGGGGAAGGAACUGAACGGGAGGAAACGGAGGAUGGUGAUGGGGGAGAGGUGGUGGUGAGCAUUCCUGUGCGUGCUACUGUUGAAGCUGCUGAUGCUGCUGCUGGCGUAGAAGCGGUGGGUGGAGAUGGGUACACGGUGGUGGAUGUGCGGGCAGGUGUGGAGAUAGAUGUGGGGAAGGGUGUGGGUUCAGUGGCACCGCAUCCACGAGCCACUCCUGAGCCCCUCUCCACCCUGCAUACAUUAACGUUCGAAGAGCCUCAAGAAUCGUCAGUGGUGGUGGCCCAGCCACAGAUCAGUCUGGUAGACUUCUCAGCCUCGCAUGAACUGGGAGCAGGGAGGGCAGGAGCAGGUUCGAGAGCAGGGACCGGGGGUGGAGGAGGUGGGAUUGAACGAGGGACAGAGAGUACAGGAGGAGAAGAAGCGGGUGAAGGACUAGGGGGUGAGGAGGAGGAGAGAGAGAUUGGGGUGAAGAACCCGAGGAGGAAGAAGCAGCUCUUCACAUUGGCCGAGGUGGAGUUGCUGGUGGCUGCUGUGGAGAAGCUUGGCACGGGCAGAUGGGUGGAAGUGAAGGAUAGGGCGUUUCCCACUUCACGCAGGUCAAACGUAGAUCUCAAAGACAAGUGGAGGAACCUGCUAACUACCAAUUCAAGUCAGCUGCCACAGGAGCUGUUGAAUCAAGUGAAGCAGGUGGACGAGUACUGGAAAGAGCAGGCCAGAAUCCAGCGAGAGAAUCGAGAACGAGGAGCAGCCAGCGGCAGCGAAGCGGACGGAAUGGCAUGUGAGACAAACGGAGGAGCAGUUGGAGCAAGGGGAGGAGCAGGCGAAGCAGCUGAAUGCAGGGUUGGGGCGACACAGGAGGAAGGGGGGGCAGGCGUAGUGGACGACUAUGACGAGGAGGCGAGGCUGCAGCAGCAAGGGGAGGUGAGCAUUGUUGCGCAGGCACGUCCCUAG